AUGGCGCCCACUGCGCCCACCACUAACGGCCAAUUUUCAUUCAAUGUAGAUAGCUUUGACGUUGAAUCAUCUGGUCAUCAUCUCCAUCGGCGGGCAACAACUGCUGAGCUCAAGGCUGUUUUUGAUACAUCUGCGAAAACAAAUAAAACUGACCAUGUGGGCCACUGGUAUGAAGCACAGCUUCUUCACUAUGGACUUGCCCCAUCAAAGAAUAAGGCUGUUGCAAAGAACAGACUUCUAAAUGCUUUGCGAGGCGACUCUCUUGCUGUGCCGAAAGAAAUCCUCAAGGUUGAAACGGACUUAAAGACGGAUUGGAAGAAAAAAGAUAAGCAGUCACGAUCAGCGGCACUUGCGACACAGAAGCCGGCCACAGCUGAGAAGCCCAAAUCCGCACCCAAGGCUGCCCCAAAGACCGCCCCAAAAGCUUCUGCAAAGGCUAACACGAAGGCUGCUCCUGCAAAAAUUGCAUCAGCGACAACGACCCCCACAACUACUUCAACGAGCGCCGCCGCAAAGAGGAAGAGAGAGGAGGAUGCCACUGGUGCUGCUUCCAAAACGCCAGCCAAGAAGCAAGCUACCAAACAAACCGCUAAACGAGGCGGCUCUACUGCCAAAGCUAGAUCCUAUGAAGAGGAAGUGGCAGCGGCCACCAAACCUCCUGCGCGGAAACAAUCCGCUACACGAGGACAAGGGGGUUCACGAGGGGGCUCAAGCGCUACAGGUAGAUCACAGCCUACCGUACCCGAACCAGAACCUACACGGCCACCGCGGACGAAACAAACGGCGCUUAGAUCAAGAGCAUUCUAUCCAUAUGCCGGUACCGCCCGUCCCUUACUCCCUCAAGAACCUCCACCUUACGAUUCCAUCUACGGACGGGUAAACACUACUCAUGCUAUUACCGCAAGCUCAUACGCUGAGGAAACAUUUAGGACGAAAGAAACAGCCCCCAACACGACGAGAUGA